UACUCGAAUACAAAGUGUUCAAGCAGAUCUGACAUAUAGAGCCCUUGAAUUACUAAAUUUACCAGAAAAUGAACCAGCUUUUUUGCUUGAUAUUGGAUGCGGAUCUGGUUUAAGUGGUGAAAUUUUAGAUGAAGAAGGUCAUAUGUGGGUAGGGAUGGAUAUUUCCCCUUCUAUGCUACAGGUUGCAUUGGACCGUGAAGUUGAAGGUGAUUUGUUUUUACAAGAUGUUGGUCAGGGAAUGGGGUUUCGUCCUGGUACAUUUGACGGUGCUAUAAGUAUUUCAGCUCUACAAUGGCUAUGUAAUGCAGAUCAUAGUUCACAUAAUCCUAAAUCCCGUCUCACACGCUUUUUUUCAACUCUUUAUUCAUCACUACGCCGGGGUGCUAGAGCAGUAUUUCAAUUUUAUCCAGAAAAUGAUCAUCAAUGUGAACUAAUAAUGAAUACAGCAAUGAGAUGUGGUUUUGAAGGUGGUCUGGUAAUUGAUUACCCCAACAGUAAAAAGGCAAAAAAGUAUUUUCUUUGUUUAUUUGCCGGCCAAAUUCCUACUGAAGACGGUAAAUCGACAAUGCCAAAAGCUUUGGGUGAAGAUGGAGAAGAUGAACCAAAUACUAUAAUUUAUUCUAGUCAGAGAAUUCAAGAACGUCAAAGAACAAAAGGAAAACAACGUAAAUCAAUUAAAGAAAAGGAUUGGGUUUUGCAUAAAAAAGAAGUUGCACGUAUGAAAGGAACCAAAAAUGUACCGUUGGAUUCAAAAUAUACUGCACGAAAAAGAAAACCAAAAUUUUAG